CUUUCUCCUCAAGUCGGAGCGCGUUCCGAAGUCAACAAAAAAUCGAUGCACAUACCUUUUAGUUCACGAGUAUACACAUCAGAGUACUACCAAAGAAGAUGCACUUCUUUAAGAGAACAAUACAAUCGCGAAAAGGAAAAGAUGGAAAAUGAAUGUAAAAGUGGAAGUGCUGCUCCAAAUCCCAAAUCUAAAUUUUCAUUAUAUUCUAAAUUAAAAUUUUUGGAUGAAGUCAUUAAAAGACGAAGAACUUAUAGUAAUGUACCAAAAUGGCAAUCGAAUUCAACUUUAAUUGACAAAAGUGUUUCAAGAAAUAAAGCAUGCAUCUCAGACAAUGUUGACACUUCUUCAAGUAAUAAAGAAAAUUAAGACAUUAAGAAACAAGAAAUUAUUGAUAAAGGAAGUUCUUCUCCAGAAGUUUUAAUAAAUUCUGCAGCGCCAAAAAGAAGAAAAAUGAAUGAAACGAAGGAAUUUGAAGAAACGUUUUUGAAUAUGAGCAACAGAAUUAUGAAUUAUAUGGAAAGUUCAAAAUCAUUCGCACCAGA